AAAAUACAACCCACACCCUCUCUUCCGGCGAGUUUCCCACUUUCCCGUCUCUUCCCUUGGAAACACCCCACCAGUCCAAAGGCCCCACCACCGACCCUCAAGAGGCGAAAACUGCGAGCCAAGCAAGCAGAUCGCGGUUCUACCAUUAGGGCUCUUUCUAUCUCUCUCUCACCCUUCGUGGUCGCAGGGAAUAGGAUUCUGCUCCACCGAUCUGCAUUGGUUCUAGGGGAAUCCGAGCCCUCGGAUCCGAUCGAUCCGUCGCCGCCAUGGGCAUCCUCUUCACCCGGAUGCUCUCUUCGCUCUUCGGCAACCGGGAGGCUCGGAUCCUCGUCCUCGGCCUCGACAAUGCCGGAAAAACCACCAUCCUCUAUCGGCUCCAGAUGGGGGAAGUAGUCUCCACGAUCCCAACGAUCGGAUUCAAUGUGGAAACGGUGCAGUACAACAAUAUUAAGCUCCAAGUUUGGGAUCUAGGUGGGCAGACAAGUAUCAGGCCCUAUUGGAGAUGCUACUUUCCAAACACCCAAGCCAUUAUCUAUGUUGUUGAUUCAAGUGAUACUGAUAGAUUGGUGACGGCUAAGGAUGAAUUUCAUGCUAUCCUAGAGGAGGAAGAGCUAAAAGGUGCAGUUGUCCUCGUAUAUGCAAACAAGCAGGAUCUCCCAGGUGCACUUGAUGAUGCUGCAAUAACCGAAGCCUUGGAACUUCAUAAGAUAAAAAACCGUCAGUGGGCCAUCUUUAAAACUUCAGCUCUAAAAGGAGAAGGGCUAUUUGAGGGUUUAGACUGGCUCAGUAACACGCUCAAGUCUGGGAGCUAAUUUGUGAAGUACAAUGGUGUACAUCUCUCAGAUAUAGAAGGGAGGAUGGAGGGACUUGCAGAUCCCGGGGAAUGAUCCAAGAAGAUCUUGGUUUUCAUGCCAUGAUGGUAAAAUUUUUCUGACAUAUCUUUUUCCUAUAGCGCGAGAGUUUUCCUCGCACAUUACUUGUGAAAUUGUGGUCAAGGAGUUGGAACAUAUAUCAUUCUGUUUCGCAUUAGGAACUUUGAGCAGCGUUAGAAUUGGUGGAGCAAAUAUUGUUUGAGGGUAUAAAUUAUUUUACAUCCUUUCAAGAUUGCGAUUGGUCAUCAUGUAGAACUAUUUUAGUUUUCUAUUUGGAUAGACGAUCAGUGGUGAUUCUGUUUCUUAAUUAGUGUCUCCAGACAUCCUUUUGAGAGAA